ACCUGAGUGUGUGAAGGUCAGUAGAAUCGUUCGCAUUCAGUGUGUUAAAGCCGUCAACUGUGUUGUGCUCGCAAUUUCUUCAGCGUUAAUUUUCAUUUUGAAACUUUAAAAACCCGCAAAAAUAAACCGAAUAAUAAGAAUGGCUGGAAAAUACAAGAUUGUAAUGGUUCGUCACGGUGAAUCCGAAUGGAAUCAAAAGAAUUUGUUCUGUGGAUGGUUUGAUGCCAAUUUAAGUGACAAAGGCAAAGAAGAAGCCCUUGCCGCUGGCAAAGCUAUCAAAGAGGCUGGUUUGAAAUUCGAUGUGGCUCAUACAUCGUUGUUGACCCGUGCUCAAAAUACAUUGAAUUCGAUUUUGCAAGAAUCCGGCCAAACGGGAAUUCCAAUUAGUAAAACUUGGCGCUUGAAUGAACGUCACUACGGUGGUUUGACCGGAUUGGAUAAAUCCGAAACGGCAGCCAAAUAUGGUGAAGAUCAAGUGCUCAUUUGGCGCCGUAGUUUUGACAUUCCACCACCACCAAUGGAGGCCGAUCAUCCGUACAAUGAUGCCAUCACCAAAGAUCCACGUUAUGCAGGCGAUCCAAAACCAGAAGAAUUCCCAAAAUUCGAAUCACUUAAAUUGACCAUUGCCCGUACACUUCCAUACUGGAACGAUGUCAUCGUUCCACAAUUGAAGGAAGGCAAAAAAAUCAUCAUCGCUGCCCACGGAAAUAGCUUGCGUGGUAUUGUUAAACAUUUGGAUAAUAUGUCGGAUGAGGCCAUUAUGGGCUUAAAUUUGCCGACUGGCAUUCCGUUCGUCUAUGAAUUGGAUGAAAACUUCAAACCAGUCGUUUCGAUGCAAUUUUUGGGUGAUGAAGAAACCGUUCGCAAAGCCAUUGAAAGCGUUGCUGCUCAAGGCAAAGCCAAAUAAAUUCAUUUUUUUUUCUUGUUCAAUAAAACAUCUUAUUUGACGCUGGAAGCGUGAUAUAAAUUAACAUACUAUUUAUCAUUCUGUAAGAAUAAGAGAUAUUUAUCAAUAAAUAUUGUGCCAUGAUUUUGAAAAAUGAAACAUGAUUGCACAGCAGAAA